AUGCAUCUAGAGAACAAAGAUGGUGGGCUGACCUCUGGUGUGCUGGAGAUGGAGCUACAUCAGUCAUCUGCUCCUAUGUGUGCUGGCCUGGGAAGGCCAGGGCUGGCGGUACCUGCCACCAGCAACCGCAGGCUACUGCAGGGAGUCAACAGGGUAGACCCCACAUCCCCCUACUCCAGGAGGGCAACUGGGCAGAGCUGCUUGGCUUCUGUGGACCAGGAUUUUGGUUCAUUCCUCACAGAGCAGAGGUCUCACUCUUCUUUACCUCAGUUCUCCAACUCCAGGUCAAAAGACCCCUGCUUUACAGAAAAUACCCCUUUGCUGGGAAAUUCCUCACAAGAGAAAGGGUCAUGGGGCAUGCCUAUUUGCCAUCCAGAGUUUAUCACUGCUGAAGAAUCUUGGGGGAACAGCUCAGAUGAGUGGGAUGGAGGAUCUCUGCUGAGCAAAGACUUGGCUGGUUCCUCUGGAUCUGCCUCCCAAGAGAAAGGGGAGCUUCUGGACAGUGCUCACAUCAGGUCCCGUCUUUUGAAACUGAGGUGCUGUAUACGGUGGCUGAAAGUUGCAAGCCUGUUUGUCUUUGUGGUGGUGUGCUCUAUUUUAUUCAGCCUGUAUCCAGAUCAAGGAAAGUUCUGGCAGUUGUUGGCUGUGUCACCCCUGCAAAGCUACUCUUCAAACCUCACCAGCCAUGUGGACUCCACACUGCUCCAGGUGGACCUGGAAGGGGCCCUGGUGGCCAGUGGCCCAAGUCAUACUGGAAGAGAAGAACAUGUUGUGGUGGAGGUGACCCAGGCCGAUGUUCCAGGCUCCAGGCGGCGGCGGCCACAGCAGGUCACUCAGAAUUGGACUGUAUUUUUAAAUCCGAGAAGAAGUGAGCGCUUGGUGGUGAGCAGGACCUUCGAGAUACUGAGCAGAGGUACUGUUUCUAUCAGCAUUCGAGCCUCUGUCCAGCAGACCCAAGCUGUUCCUCUUCUGAUGGCUCAUCAGUAUCUCCGUGCAAGCAUAGAAGCACAAGUGAUCAUUGCUGUGGUCAUCCUUGCUGGGGUCUACAUGCUGAUUAUAUUUGAGAUUGUUCACAGAACACUGGCAGCCAUGUUGGGUUCCCUUGCAGCAUUAGCAGCGCUGGCUGUGAUUGGAGACAGACCCAGCCUGACCCAUGUGGUGGAGUGGAUUGAUUUUGAGACCUUGGCCCUGCUAUUUGGCAUGAUGAUCUUAGUAGCCAUAUUUUCAGAAACUGGAUUUUUUGAUUAUUGUGCUGUAAAGACAUACCAGCUCUCUAGGGGAAGAGUGUGGGCCAUGAUCAUCAUGUUGUGUCUCAUUGCCGCUGUCCUGUCUGCCUUCCUAGACAAUGUCACCACAUUGCUGCUUUUUACUCCUGUGACGAUAAGAUUGUGUGAGGUGCUCAACCUUGAUCCAAGACAAGUCCUGAUUGCAGAAGUGAUCUUCACAAAUAUUGGAGGAGCUGCCACUGCCAUUGGGGACCCACCAAACGUCAUUAUUGUUUCCAACCAGGAGUUGAGGAAGAUGGGCCUGGACUUCGCAGGAUUUACUGCACACAUGUUCGUUGGGAUUUGCCUCAUUCUACUGUUCUCCUUUCCACUCCUCAGACUCCUUUUCUGGAACAAAAAGCUUUAUAACAGGGAGCCCAGUGAGAUUGUUGAACUGAAGCACGAGAUCCACGUCUGGCGCCUGACUGCGCAGCGCAUCAGCCCAGCCAGCCGAGAGGAAACAGCGGUUCGGGGCCUGCUCCUGAGGAAGGUGCAGGCACUGGAGCACCUGCUGGCCCGAAGGCUGCAUACCUUUCACAGACAAAUCUCACAGGAAGAUAAAAAUUGGGAGACCAAUAUCCAAGAACUCCAGAAAAAGCACAGGAUAUCAGACAGGAUUCUGCUCACCAAAUGCCUGAUGGUGUUGGGAUUUGUUAUCUUCAUGUUCUUUCUCAAUUCAUUUGUUCCUGGUGUUCAUCUUGAUCUUGGUGAGGUGGAUUGCUAUUAUGCCAUCUGGUUGCUAAUUUUAGCUGAUAUCCAUGAUUUUGAGAUAAUUCUACACCGAGUGGAAUGGGCAACUCUUCUGUUCUUUGCAGCACUUUUUGUUCUAAUGGAGGCACUGGCACAUCUCCACUUAAUAGAAUAUGUUGGAGAACAGACUGCUUUGCUGAUAAAGAUGGUCCCAGAGGAUCGGCGCCUCACAACUGCCAUCAUCCUGGUGGUCUGGGUCUCAGCCAUUGCAUCAUCCUUGAUUGACAACAUCCCAUUUACCGCUACAAUGAUUCCUGUACUCCUGAACCUCAGCCAAGACCCCGAGGUCAGCCUGCCUGCACCACCACUCAUGUAUGCCCUGGCCCUUGGCGCCUGCCUGGGAGGUAAUGGGACACUGAUUGGAGCAUCGUCAAAUGUAGUUUGUGCAGGAAUUGCUGAGCAGCAUGGAUAUGGAUUCUCUUUCAUGGAAUUUUUCAGGUUGGGCUUCCCAAUGAUGGUUGUCUCCUGCACAGUUGGGAUGUGUUACCUCCUUGUUGCUCAUGUCGUGAUGGGAUGGAAUUAACAGAUAUACAUCGUUUAAAGACUAAGGGAAAC